CUCGGAUGCAGAGCGGUUUCUGUGGUAUUGUCAUCUCUAUAGUCACUGUAAUCGUUCCUCUUCAGAAAGAAAGCACCCUCAAUACAGAGCACAACCCGAGAAACAUCUGAUACAGAAGAAAGGGGAGCAUUACACUACGGGUACUCCUAGAGAAACACACACACAGUCAACAAGCAGGUGAUUUAAGCCUGAAUCAAUAAUUAAAAAAAAAAAAAUCUGAGUUGUGGGAAGAAGAGCUGGUGAAAAGCAGGUGGAAAAAGAAGUAACAACACUUUUACAACUGUUGUGCUAUACAGACUCUGCUGAUUAUCUUAUCCAGUUUUGCGUUCAUUAAAAAAGUAAUGGAUGCAUUGUUUUCUAAGUGGACAUAUUAAGUGUAAAUACAAGGACACGUUUUGAACUGGUGUGGUGGGGACACCUGCUUUAAGCCCUAACAACUGAAGGGAUGUCAGCCUUAAGGAGAAAAUUUGGUGAAGACUACCAAGUUGUAAACACCUCCAGAGGAACGACUUACACCCCACCUGCCAAGAAGAAGCGGCAGAGGUUUGUAGAUAAGAACGGCCGCUGCAACGUCCAGCACGGCAAUCUCGGGGGAGAAACCAGCAGGUACCUAUCUGAUCUCUUCACCACCUUAGUGGACCUCAAAUGGAGAUGGAACCUCCUCAUAUUCAUCCUCACUUACACUAUUGCAUGGCUGGUGAUGGCUUCCAUGUGGUGGGUUAUCGCCUACAUCAGAGGAGACCUAUACCGAGCUCACGAUGCUAGCUACACCCCGUGUGUAGCCAACGUUUACAACUUCCCCUCGGCGUUCCUCUUCUUUAUCGAGACUGAAGCUACCAUAGGCUACGGCUACAGAUAUAUUACAGAGAAAUGCCCCGAAGGCAUCAUUCUCUUUUUGUUUCAGUCUCUGCUGGGCUCCAUUGUGGAUGCGUUUCUCAUAGGCUGCAUGUUUAUCAAGAUGUCCCAACCUAAGAAGCGAGCAGAGACGCUGAUGUUCAGCCACAAUGCUGUAAUCUCCCAGCGGGAUGGCAAACUCUGCCUGAUGUUUAGGGUUGGCAAUCUGAGAAACAGUCAUAUGGUUUCUGCACAGAUCAGAUGCAAACUUAUAAAGUCAAGACAAACUCCCGAAGGGGAAUUCCUGCCUCUGGAUCAAUGUGAGCUCGACGUCGGCUUUGGGACUGGGGCGGACCAACUGUUUCUCGUCUCCCCCUUAACGAUCUGCCAUGAAAUAAAUCCCAAGAGCCCCUUCUUUGAUCUAUCACAGAGAUCUCUGGCGAGCGAGCAGUUUGAGAUUGUCGUUAUCCUUGAAGGCAUUGUCGAGACCACGGGAAUGACGUGCCAAGCCAGGACCUCGUACACAGAAGAUGAAGUCCUCUGGGGUCACCGAUUCCUACCGGUCAUGUCGCUGGAGGAGGGAUUUUUUCGAGUGGACUACUCCCAGUUUCACAUCACCUUUGAGGUCCCCAGUCCUCCCUACAGUGUAAAGGAACAAGAGGAGAAGAUGGCCCUCCCUUCACCAUUGACCACCCCUUCCCUUGGAAACUGCAAGAACCGGAGGGAUCGGUUGUUCUCUGUAGAUUGCAUUGACACCAUCGAGGAACAGGCCAACAAACUGCCCAGCAAGCUCCAGCGAAUGAGCUCAGGGAAGGAGGAUCUUCAGAAAAAGGUCCUUAGGAUGAGCCCCCACAACUCCGAGAAGACCUGCAGCACAGGAGACCUUCCUCUGAAACUGCAGAGGAUAAGCUCUGUUCCGAAUCACAGAGAUGUGGAGGAAAGACUCCAUCUUAAGGCGCUCAAAGGUAAUUCAGAGCCCAUGACUCAGUCAACAGGAGACCUGCAACAGAAAAUCCAGAUCAUUCAAAGCGUUGGGUCAAGACCAGAAGACAACUUGCCCCCCAAGCUUCGGAAAAUGAAUUCAGAUCGUCUGACCUAAGCAAGGGCACAGUAUUAGUAAUUGAUAGACUGCAUACUAGACUCGCAGCCUUACAGCUAUAGAAAUAUUUUCUGGAAACUGUGAUUUAUCUAUGUAGUUGCUUAGCGAAAUUCAAGGACCACGGUGGUAGGGGUUGUGAUAUGAGACAAGGGGGAGCCUGUGUAAAACUCUUUCAGCACUGUUGAACAACUUCUCCAUUUACUCCUUAAUGUGCAUGCUGGAGAUAUAGACGUGUUCAUCUAUGGGGAAACCUUUAGGCAAUCACACCCAAUUGAAAGGAUAAGGGACCUUGCAGUAGAGUUUUAAUGGGUUUUCAUUUUGUGUAACUUAUUUAGAAAUAAAGGCAGGUCUGCUGAGGCUUUCAGUUCUGUUUUAGUGAUAGUGACAAGGCAAGUUUAACACACUUACUUUGGUGGCUGUUGUGCAGCCUGUUAAGAACACUCCAAAAAAUGGAUACUGAAAACACACCCAAAAAGUCUGAGUUUUACAACAUGUUUUUCAAAGCAUGACAGUGGCAUUGCACAUCAUAGCCAGUAAUUGCGUACAACUUUUGUAAACCUAUGUGUGGUAGACAUUUUGUGCUUGAUUUAUACACCUAAUUCUUCAACCUUUUACCAACUCUGUUCAUCAAAGGCCAAUGUCACACAUUAACAAAUAGGGGCUUUGCUACUAUUAUUAUUAUUAUUAUUUUAAAUUUAUUAAAUGUUAUGAAAAAGUGCCAUAUUUCUGAGUGUUCCAGGUGAUGACAAGAACGUCACAGCCUGCAGAUGUACCGUCAUAUCAUUACUUCAAGUUACAAUCUUGGAAUUCUAACUGCAGCUGGGUGUUCUAAUACAAAAAACAAACACAGUAAUCAUUUUAAACCAUUUUUAGGUUAACAACUAGAAUACGCACCUUAUCAAGCAAUACCUGCUAGAUAAAGUAUCUUGACUUUGGUUAUACUGUCACAGUGGCCAAUUAUCUUAAAAGAUAUGCCGCCUUCUGAUACUAGGCUUAAAAAGCAGUUAAAGAAGCAAAAUUCACUCCCAGUUGCAAGUCCUAGACAAUCUUUAAGUGCAAGUAUUUCAAAUUUCUUCUCAAGAUAUUACUAAGAAAAUUAAGAUGGUCAAAUCAUAAUAUGGAGACCCAUUCCUAUCUGAAAAAAAACAAUUUUUUCGACUUAUGACAAGUGCUGUUUGAUAUUUAUCAGCCUCGACAGUUAUUAUCUGAGCACAGAUGAGUUCGUAAAAAGGGUCAGCUAAUCACAUAUUCAAUAUUGAUGGAAGUAUUAACAGAAAAAAAUCAACCAGCAGCAUGCCCUUUUAGUCAAUCACUAGUCUGUGCAAGCAAGACUGCUUAUAUUAGUAUUAAAAAGAGUACGUCCCUUGGAAGUAAUUCCUGCAAUUAUAAUUAAUAACUGUAUUUGGACAACUUCGGAGCUAUAUUGCAUCUCUAACGCUGUGAUCACUAUUAAUGCAUGGUUUAGUUUUACAUUUGACACUUGUUUUAUUAUAGGAUAACUAUCAGUGAGUAUUGUAGAAACAUUGCCUACAGUGUAGCUGUUGGUUGCAAUGACUUAUGUGACCCACAAUUGUAUUUUUAUAAAAGGCACAAGAACAGAUGUUAGAUGUUCUAAACCUACAGGCAAUCAUCAAGUGAAAAGGUUUGAGACCACACUGUAUGGAUGCCCAGCCAUUUGUGAACACUGUAUUAAACUUCUAAAACACAUUUUGUGUGUCAAACUCAUUGCACAUGCCCAUCCACAAAUGGCUGAGCUUGUAGGAUCAGUGGACAAAUGCACCACCACUUUCAGAAAACAUGCAUGGAAUAGAUGACUCCCAUUCUCAUUUCACACAUAACAACCGGUUUGACAGUAUAACAUUUUCGACCAUUGAAACUCAAAUUAACAGGUAUAGAGGAUAUUCCAUUAAGGUUCAUGGAAUACUGUAUUUAUUCCACAAAUGAGGAUUGUCUACAGUCACAAGUAAAAAUAAAACAAAAAAACAUAGCACUUCUUGUAAACUUGGUUGCUUUUCUGCAAGGAGAAUCCACCCCUAACCAACACGUUAUCAGCAAGCGCAUAAAGGCUCUGUGGUGUUAUUCUCCCAUGUCGGUACUUUUGUUUUGGUCUCCACCUCCUCCGCAGGUAGCCGUCGAGCACCCAUGGACGAGGUGUCUCCGGCCAAAUUUAUCUUUCAUGGGCCAUGAGCACCCAUCACAGUGCAUUAAAUCUUCUGUAAUUGCAAUCAUUCAUUCACUGCAGAUUCUCCAAGCUGAAAUGAACAAUCAUGGAGCAUUGUAUUUAUGUAACAAGUACAAUAUAUGAAAAAUAAAAUAUAUUUAAAAUUGUAUUAAACAGCUUAUUUCAUAGAAUUUCUUUCUUUAGAUCAAGCUCUGCAUCUGCUUAGAAGUGCAACGUAAUUUGGAAGAGUGAGAUUUUCCCACUCAGGAACGUUGAAUUCAAAUAUGAAAAAUAUGAAAUGGUAUUUAAUUGUCAGUAUCAGAUUUUCUUCAGACCAUCAUCAUGCCCAUUUGUAGUACAUGUUCUGUGACCAUGAUCACCAAUAGACUGUCCACCUGUUUAACCUUGACUAUCCGUUGACAGCCAUUAAUUAUAGUUGACCCAUGGAAUACAAUUCUAUUAGUAGACCAGCUAGAACCAGUUCAGGAUUUACUAUGGAAGAAGCUUACUCUUAACAUACACCUCUGUGAUCUUUUGGUCAGACUAAAAGCAUUAAAAACACAUUUCAAGUGACCAAAAACAUACAGUGCAUGAAAUGCUUGGUCUGGUCAAAGGAAAUGUGUUUUUUUCACACUUCACAGUAAACCUGGACUAGAGUGUUGGAAGGGAAAAUAAAUCCUAUGACUCCCUGAAGUCCCCUGAAGUGUGAUGCUUUUUUUAAGCAGUAAUUUGAAACAAACAUCGCAAACAUCGCAUUCACAGUUCACAAAAUGGUUUUCUUCACUGUUAGUGCUUUGGAGAUCGAUGUGAAAUUGGUGACAUUUAGAAAACAAAAGAAACCAUGAAAAUGAUAAAACACUAAGCAUCGCACAAUGUGAAGAAAACUUCAAAAUGUAAUUUCUUCUUGCAGGAUGCUAGGGUGUUCAAUUAUAUAAAAAGUUCAAAUGAAAUCAAUCGAAGGCAUUCAAGAGCAAAGCUAGAAUGUUUCACACCUAAAACAAAGGGGCUUCUGUUUCAAGCUGUUGCCUAUUACUUGCACGGUAGACUGAGCUUUUGAAUAAAGUGCAGCUCGGCAUGUUGUCAAGGUGAUAAAGGCAGCAGGUUGAUCAUUGGCCAGUGUGACAUUGAGAUUAACAGUAAAACAUCAAACAUCAGGGGAACAUAAAAGGCAGUAUACCUCCAGCCAUAUAUCUCCAGCCCUUUAUCACACACACACACUAACAAGCAAAAUGAAGAGCGGCAUAAAGAAAAUAUGUAUCUGCAUAUAAUGUUUUUUUUUUUUUAAAUCUACAGAAUACAAAAUUAUAAUUCGUUUUCUAAAAGUCUAUAAAUACAGAAAUGUGUGUUUUCAUAGGGUAUUUAAUAAACCCUACCAAGAAUCUGCAUAUCUUAUUAUAUGUGAGCCAGCAAAUGAACACACAAAGUACAAGGUAGAAUUUAAUCCAGUUAUUUUGAUAUAUGAGAUUAGAUAUCUUGAUUAUAAAUGUCUAGUUCACUGAAAUGCACAACUUGCUCUGCUUGUAAAACACAGGGAUUCCCUACAGAAGCAAAUGUGCUGUCCUAGACUGUUUCCACUUGAUUAAAACCCCAUUGAGCAUGCUUAGGAUGAAUUAGGACAGUGGCCAGACAGCCAUUUAACAUAACACAUACAUUUUACCAACCAUCGAUUAGUUCUGCGAUGUGUGAAUUACAAAGUGGAUAUACUUGAUACUGUUGGUUUAAUGAUUUUACAUAGCGUAAUUUGAAGAUCCUACACAAAUGGUAUAGCUGUAAAAUUGGUAUAUAUUUAUAUUUAAAGUAUACAGUAGUAGUGUAAUUCUAUAAUGUUAUAUAAAUCAGGGCUGUUUGAUGGAUAUAGAAGUGGGGUAUCCCCUUCAUGGCUCUUAAUGGGUUUGAAAAGGCUACUACGGCAAUCGAUAGUCUUUGGUAGACAUGAGUACAAUCAAAUGCAAAUAAACUGAUGUUGUGUUUAAACAUGAAACAUCUUAAAUGAGCUGAAACACACUGAAGUAUUUUGCAGUCUGGUUAUGGCUCUUUAAAAUGUUAUUUAAUGUUAUAGUGUUGUUAUAUAUAUAUAUAUAUAUAUAUAUAUAUAUAUACAGUGGAACUUCGUUUAUCCACGUGCUUGAGGUCCACGGAUGUGUGAAAUCCGCAGAUAAGUGAGGUGUCAUUGUGUGUGAUUAGAAUGCAGAAACUAAUAUUUACUGGAGAUGUAUGCAAUACAACAUGGGUUCUUAAACUAUGGGUCGCGGCCAUAGCAAAGACAAUCAUUGAGUUGUGGAUUUCCUAUCUGCAGCAAGAAAACUUAAUGCUAAAAAAGCCAGAGGCCAGAGCAUGAAACUGAGCCCAGUAUAGACAUGCUGGCAGUACAUUUCCAAGAACCUCGCUGCUCCCAUUGAGACCUGUUAUUACUCUCUUUGAUUUGAAUUUUUACUUAAUUUCUAUUAUAGGAAAAAUAAAAAUAAAUAAAUAAAUAUGAACUGGAUCCCGAGAAGGCAGUACUGUUUUGGGUCCUAACAUAGAAACAUUUAAGAACCCAUGCAAUACAAUAUAUUACAAAGACAGAAUAAUGUUUUAAAAUUAGUUUACUUUGACUGUGUUACUACUAGCAAAAUCAAAAAGUGAUACACCUCCAACCCUCCUAGCUUUUGUUACCAAAUAAUAAUAAUUAUAAUAAUAAUAAUACAAAAUAAAUAUAAAUACUACAAAGCUACAAGAUCAUAAGACAUUUUAUAAUGGGAAUAAGCUAUAUGGCCUAUCAGAGCUCACAAUUUUCCUAUAAACUAAGUUGUGUAUGUCUAGCAGCUAGAAAUAUCACAAAUAUCACAAGGUAUUCACAAGGUAUUUGCAUAAUAUUAAAUGGUAGAUAAGUGUUGCUAGUUUUCUGGGAUUUCAAACUGAAAAUACAAUUCUGUUUUUUUUUUUUUUUUACUUUAAAACUAAAUAAACAAGUCUGCUGUGUAAUUUUAACUUUUCUUACAUUUCAACAAAAUACGUACCAAUAGAAGUAUUGUUUUUUUUUGUAACAGCUUUUUAAAACAAUUCACUGCUGCAAGUCGUUCUUUUGAACCUUGAUAAAGUGCACCAUAAUCUUUUGUUUCAGUGAGGCAAAACAUGUUUGCUGAGAUUCACAGAGUAACUGCCUCAGGAGAACUAAUUUUACAGAAUCAGCAUCCUUCUACUGCUCAUACCAAGAAAUUAAUCCACCCAUCUGUAGCACUGCUGUCUUUGCGUCGAUUGCGCAGGUUUUAGACUGACGCAUGUGUCGUUACGUGUGUAUGUGCGCUCAGCGGGUGGUAAGUCUACAUUGGCAAUAAUGUACUGUAUUUCUGAGAUAAAACUCGACAGGGAACCACGGCUAAUUGAAAUCACGGAUAAAAGAGGUUCUACUGUAUAUACAGUAGACUCCACGUAUAAGAACACCUCCUGGGGCUCCUGAGUGGCGCAUCCAGUAAAGGCGCUCCAUGUGGAGUGCAGGAUGCGCUCUAUAGUCUGGACGUUGCGAGUUCGAGUCCAGGCUAUUCCUUUGCCGGGAAUUCCUCAAUUGGCCGAGCGCCACCCGGGGGGAGGGAGGGUUAGGUCGGCCAGGGUGUCCUCGGCUCACCGCGCACCAGCGACCCCUGUAGUCUGGCCGGGCGCCUGUGGGCUUGCCUGUAAGCUGCCCGAGAGCUGCGUUGUCCUCCGACGCUGUAGCUCUUGGGUGGCUGCACGGUGAGUCCGCAGUGUGAAAAAAAGCGGUCGGCUGACGGCACACGCUUCGGAGGACAGCAUGUGUUCGUCUUCGCCCUCCCGAGUCAGCGCAGGGGUGGUAGCGGUGAGCUGAGCCUAAAAAGAAUUGGCCAUUUCCAAAUUGGGGAGAAAAUAAUAAAAAUAAUUGGCAACGACUAAAAUUAAAAAAAAAAAAAGAACACCACCUUCUAAGAGAGCACUUUGCCUAAGGUCUGUUUCACCCUUGUGGUGAAACAGAUUUAUCCCAUUGUAAAUGCUCCAGAUAAAGGAACAGGAACUUCACUUAAAAUAAUACUUCUUUCACCAUGGGUACAGUAAUAUUUUGUAAAAAUAACGACUUUGCGAGAGUAUCUUGAGGGACACUAAUUGGUUUAUUAAAUCUUUCCAGAACCGCUGUCAUAUCAUUGAAUUGUUUUGUAUUCUGAUUUCCAUGAGUGCAUCUCAUCACUACAAAGAAGAAAAUCUAAACAAACGAAAAAAUGCGCCGCUGUUUCUCUUGCUACACAAAGUUGGAAAGUGUUUGAGCUCUUGAAAAAAAAACUGAAUCAGACACAAGUAGCCAAGCAAUUUGGUGUUUCCCAUUCUGGUGAGUUGCUUCACCAUUCUGUUAAAUAAUGUGCAUGCCUUGUAUAUUGCUGCUGCAUUUCAUAACGUGUGUAGGGGUGCUAUGUUAAUUUAGUUUGAGAGUUUAUUAACAUUAAGUUAACCCUAAGCAAUGGCCAUUAUUUUUGCCUCUGCCAUUGUGAUAGAGUGAAACACACCUGCCAGCUAAUUUCACAGUACAUUGCGAUUUAAGCUUUUUGACCGUGUUGUUUUGCUUUAGUUUCAUUAACGUUAGUUUGUCUACUACUUUAUUAUUAUAGUGUAUUAAGAUACACUUGCCUAUUGUUUUGCUUUUACUUAUUCAGUUCAUUUCAUAUGUUGAUGCACGUGCGUCAUGACAAGUAAUACAUAUGUAUGUAUGUAUGUAUUUAUUUAUUGAUUCAUAUUGUGUCUGGUGGCUAACUGUCUUAGAGAACAUUUCAGCUAUAAGAACACUUUGCUUGCUUCCCAAGGGGUGUUCUCUUAGCCAGAGACUACUGUGUGUGUAUAGUGAAAUAUUCCACUCGUUUCAAGUUCUUUUGCACCCUUUAAAAUCAGACCCAGACACAGAACGGUACUUUUUAAAGCACUUUUGUGUAGUUUUAUUAUUUAACUCCCACAUGGUGUACUAAAUUAUACUAAGUUUCUAAGUAGAUCUGACGGCUAUGUCAUUUACCGAUUAAAAAAAACUCUGUUGCACAAAGAAAAAGGUUUCACACAGACUGCCCUGAACAAACAUUUUCAUUAUUACCUAUAACAUGCCACUGCAAUCCGCUGAUAUAUAUGAUAUUUCUUUUAAUAUAAACAGGAUUGACGGGUGUAUUACUUUUGCUGGUCAGUAUAUUUAUAUGCAAACACACUGUAUUUGUGACAUGUUUGGCAGAUUUAGAUAAGAACUAUAUUUAGAAUGCAUGUAAAAUUGCUUACUGGCUGCAUUUUCCGUACAUCCUCCAUGCAGAUAUGCAUAUUAAGGAUGGUUACAUUUUUAUUUUUAGUUCAAAUGUACAGUAUAUAGUUAAUCUCCUCACAUUGCACAGAUCUUCUCACCAUUAUGUAGAUAUGAGGUAUGGGUGCAUGAUUUCAUUGUAAUAGUUUCCAGAUUUCUGUAUUUAUUUCUUCUUUAUUAACACUAUAGAAUCAAUCUGAUGCACUCUAUAAAGGGCAGCCCACUUUAAUAAUACAGUUGUCCAUUUAUAAUUGUAUCUUUCUGCUCAGUAUCAUUUGUUAAUUUUUUGAAAACAAUAAUAAAAUCUAUUUCAAAGUA